AUGCAGUACAAUAAAGGUACAGGUGCCCACCUGCCCAAGGAGGGAGCUGGCCCCACCCCCGCCGAACCAUACCCUCGUCAUUUGCUAGAGUGCGUUCCUGUCUUGUACCACAUGAGCCCAUUCUUAACGGCGGGGGACUUGGGGAGGCUCUGCUGCUGCUGCCGCCUGCUGCAGCAGCACAAGCAGCAAAACGGCGGCCUUCUCUUCUCCGCCCUUGAAGAUGCGCUCGCGAAACUGCUCCCCAACCACCGAGCUAGGGUGGACCUCUGGUUGGAAUUCGCAGACGCAAGUAGCCUCUGGGGGUGCCCCCCUCUCCGUCUCAAGGGGCUCUCUCCGCAGACCCAAAGGUGUUGCUGCAGCAACAGCAACAACGCAGCAGCAGGGGUCCGUACCCCUGCAGCAUCUUCCACAGGAGCGCCUGCCGCAGCUCUUGCCACAGCGGACAGGAAGAGGCAGCGACGGGCCGCGCAGGACCCUCAGGAGAUGAUCCUCUAUCAGGGAGACACCGCGCCAAUCUGCUGCAGAGCCCCUCAGCUUUUUCCAAGGCCACCGCUUCUGUCUUUGCAGCAGCAUGCGUCAUUCUUUCUUCGCUUGCGGCGCUGCUGGAGGCUGAUUGCAGCCGCAGCAAAAACAGCAACCACAACGGUAGCACCAGCAACAUACACAGCAGCAACAGAAAAGGCUUCAUCCUGCUCAGCGAGAGCAGGGGCAGCAGACACAGCGUCAGCUGCUGUAAGACCUACUACAGCAGCAGAAGCAGCAGCUGCUGCUGAGGCUAGGCUCUCCAUAGUGGAUGUCGGGGCCCUUCAGUGGGGCUGGAACGAGGUGGCAGAUUGCCUCCUUGUUUCCAGGGGUGGUGAGCCAUUGCUGCCGCUGCCGUUGGUCUUGGUGAAGCUGAUAGUGUUGUUUGGUGCUAUUGUAGUGCUUACCAGGUGGUGGAUGCUGCGUCUGUUGGCUCAGGGAGCUGGUGCUUCGUUUUGCAGCAGCACGAGGGCGGAGUGCGAGCAGCAGCAGUUGACUGUAUCUCACAGUGCGCUUCCCCCUCAAAUCAUUAAAAGUAACAGUGGUGGCAGCAGUUGUAUGCUGCCCCUCGUAGUAGAGCUGCCUACCCAUGCUGCAACUAAGUCAAUGCUGUACCACGAGUACCAUCAUCAUCCCCACACUCCCGAUAAGGCGAGGCAGCUCCAGCAGCCUCCGUUGCCGCAGAAACAGCAGAAACAGCAAAUGCUCAAGCUGGAUUUUCGACGCCGCGCGCAAGUAUCUGAAGACGAGUACGAGGCCGCUUUGUGGUCUCCUCUGGAGCUUCUGCUAGUUGGGCAGGGACGCUCGCUGCUUCUGGUGUUGCCGGCUACACUCGAGGUGCUGCCGAUGUUAGUUCUGACCAGCCGCCCUGCAACGACGCAGCAGGAGCAGGAGCACCAGCAAGGGGAGCAGUGGCACGUGCGCAGGCGUCUGUCUUUACCUUUCGCGUACAAAGGCUAUAUUCUGCUGGCCUCCUGCAAGUACCUUGUUGCUCUUCCCAGGUUCUGCUUGGGCGCCAUUCACCAGUACGACGAUGCCAGUAGCAGUAGUAGUAGUAGUGGCAGCAGAAGCUACAGCCAAAGCCAGAGCAGCAGUGAAAGUGACAGUAGCAGUCAUAGCAGCCACAGUAGGGGCUCGACUGCCGGCAGAAAUGGCCAAGACGUCGUUGCGAGCAGCAGUGCGAGAGGCAUAACCAGCCGCAACGGAGGAAACACCAGUAACAGCAGCACCAGCAGCAGCAGCGGCAGCAGUGGAGAAGAAUAUGCCCCUGCUGAGCUUUCUGAGGAGACUGCGAGGCUUCGGGGUCCUCAGGGUCGCCUGUGGCGCCUACGCUAUCCCAGCUGCAGCAGACGGCGCACCAGCAACAGGAGUAGUAGUAGCAGCAGCAAUACCUCUACGAACGUCCUCAGGAGCGAAAGUGGGAGCGGAAGUCCCAGCACUAAGUUCUGCUGGUGCAAGUUCUCUCGGCGCGGCCCAGCAGCAGCGUGUGAGCAGCAUCUGCUGCAGUCCCCUUAUCUGCACGUCGGGCGUCCCUCGCCUAUCAGCACUGGCGAAGUUGGGGUCUCCGCUGGCUGUCUAUCUGGGCCUUGGCUAUGCUUUGGGUUUGAGGAUUCGUUGUCGAUUCGCUGCCUCUGUCUCCUUAAGCGGGGAUGGGGGAGACGAACUGUCUCCCCCGGCGAGAGGCCGCAGUGGCGAGGCAGCCGCAAACGCCUCCUUAAGCUCAUGAAGGCGGAAGCAGUCGCCCGUUCUGUCGAAGGGGAGUGUCAGGCGGGUGUUGCUGCUUUAGACUGCCGCCAAGUGUCCUUAGCGACCUGCAUGCGCCUCUUGGGGUUGCACCAACCGGAACAGCAGAAGCAGCAAACGGAGCAGCAGCAGCAGCAACAGAAGCAGGAGCAGCAACAACAAAGAGGGUUGUUAUGUGAUGGGCAAGAAAGACAAAUUGCAAAUGUUUGUCCUGCAGGCAGCGGCUCUGUGCUGCUCAUUGCCGCUGCGUUGUCUUUGGGCAGUCUUCUUUUUGGGGUCCUCGCCCCAGCCGGAUGGUUGCCACGAAGCACUGGUCAGCAGCACAAUAAUGGAGGUACUGCUGCUUCGGUAGUUGCUGCAGCUGUUGCUGAUCCUGCUGCUAGUCCUUCUGCUGGUGGUGCUGGCGGUUGGCCAGGGCUACAUCACGCGCGAGAGCAUGUUGUUGCUGCAACGAAUGUGAAUGCGGACGGAGACACUGGGAUCGUGUGGGAGACGAUCCCCGUCCGUGGGGGGUUAGGGGAGCCACGGUGGGAGUUCUUGCUGCUGUGGAUGCGGCAAACGGCAACAUCAUCUAAUGCAGCAUCUAAUGUAACAGCCAAUGCAACAGCUAAUGCAGCACAAAACGCAAGAGCUUCUGUUCCGUGGGAACGCGUGCAGCUGCGGCUCUCUUCAGGGACUGUCGUUUGCAACAGGCAAGCCAAGUUAUGCCCUCUUUCCCCUUUCGCGUCUCCAUGUGCUGUCGAAGUCUCUGGGUGCUACUGUCUUCUGUUCAAUCAACCAGCAACUCCACAGCAGGCGAAAACACCACGGCGGCUGGGGGCACACCAGAGGUCGCAGCAGGGAUAG